AUGCCCGCACAAAACGACUUGCUCCCGCGCGACGACCUCAGCGAGGCCAUGUACGCUGGCGUCAAGCUCGACGCCCUCGUCCGCGCCGCCGCGCCGCGAAAAACCGCCGAUACCAGUGAAAGCGCUGAUCCCCGCCAACACACUGAUCCCCGCCAAAUCGCCGAUGCCAUCGAAACCACCGGUACCCGCCAAAUCGCCGAUGCCAGCCAAAGCGCCGAUCCCCGCCAGACCACCCAGCACAGCCGGCCCUCGCGCCCCUGGACGCUCCGCAGGGUGCUCGCCGGCGCGCACCAGGGCUGGGUGCGCAGCUUGGCCGUGGACCCCGUGUCCAACGCGUGGUUCGUAUCCGGCCUGGCGGACGCGCAGAUCAAGGUGUGGGACCUCGCGUCCGGCGCCGUGCGGGCGGCGCUCCCGGGCCACGUGUUGGGCGUGCGUGCGCUCGCCGUGUCGCGCCGCCACCCCUACUUGUUCUCCGGCUCCGAGGACAAGACGCUCCGCUGCUGGGACUUGGAGCGCUCGCACGCGCCCGCCGGCUGCCAGGUGCGCGACUACCACGGCCACGUGGGCUGCGUGUACGCGGUGGCGCUCCACCCGGAGUUGGACCUCGUGUUCAGCGCCGGCCGCGACCUGGCCGUCCGCGUGUGGGACAUGCGCUCGCGGGCGCCGGCCAUGGUGCUCGCGGGCCACCGCGGCGACGUCACCAGCUUGGCCGUGCAGACGGGCGACCCGCAGGUGUGCUCCGCGGCCAUGGACUCCACCGUUCGGCUCUGGGACCUCCGCCAGCAGCGGGCCCUCGUCACGUUGACCCACCACGCCAAGGGCGUGCGCCUGUUGCACAUGCACCCGCACGAGCGGACCAUGGUGUCUGCGGACGCCGCCGGCUGCGUGCGCCAGUGGCUCUUGCCGGGCGGCCGGCUCCUCCACCAGUUCGGGCACGUGGACGCGCACUCGCGCGACGCGGGCGGCAUCGUCAACACGCUCGCGGUGAACCCGGCGACGGACGAGUUGUUUGCGGGCUACCACGACGGGCGCAUGCAGUUCUUCGACUACGCGUCGGGCCGCGUGUUGCAGGACGGCCGGACCACGCCGUCCCCGGGCACGGCCUCGCCGGUGAUAUACACGUCUGCGUUCGACAUGCUGGGCUCGCGCUUGAUCACGGGCGAGAACGACAAGAGCAUCAAGAUCUGGGGGUGCGACCAGUGA